GGGGGGGGGGGGGGGGCGGGGGGCGGCGGGGCGGCGGCGGGGGGGGGGGGGGGGGGGGGGGGGGGGGGGGGGGGGGCGCGGCGGGCGGGGGGGGAGGACAACAUGACGAGGAGCGAGGAGCAGCAGCUGAGUCUGCAGAAGGCGCUGCAGCAGUGCGAGCUGGUCCAGAACAUGAUCGACAUCAGCAUCUCCAACCUGGAGGGGCUCCGCACCAAGUGCGCCGCCUCCAACGACCUCACGCAGAAGGAGAUCCGCACCCUGGAGAGCAAGCUGGUCAAGUACUUCAGCCGGCAGCUGUCCUGCAAGAGGAAGGUGGCCCUGCAGGAGCGCAAUGCCAAGCUGGAGGGCUUCCCCCAGCUCCUGCACUGGUUCCGCAUCGUCGACAUGCGCAAGGAGGUGAUGGAGGAGAUCACCCCAGGGCAGCUGAGCCUGGAGGAGCUGCUGGACAUGACCGAUGACCAGGUCUGUGCCACCGUGGAGAAGUUUGGGGCCAACAGUGAGGAAUGCGCCCGCCUGAACGCUUCCCUCUCCUGCCUCCGCAGCGUCCACAAGUCCGGCGGCAGCCUCUCCAAGCAGGACUGGACCAUCCAGUGGCCCACGACGGAGCCGGGGAAGGAGAACAGCCCGGGAUGCCCGGCGGAGCCAGCACAAUGGGGCAGGACUCACCUCUUGCCGAGCCCCAAGGUGCAGCCCAAGUGCGGGCAGCAUCACUGCCACGGGGGCUCCCCGCACGGACCCAUGUACACCCACGUGGACCGCUUGACCGUCGAGGGCCACCCGGGGCUCUGCCCACCCAUGGAGUCGGGGCACCGGUCCUUGCCGCCGUCGCCGCGGCAGCGCCACGCUGCUCACCCCCCACCGCGCACCCCCAACAUCGUCACCACCAUGACCCCGCCGGGGACGCCGCCGCUGCGCCGCAGGAACAAGCUGAAGCCCCCCGGGACGCCGCCGCCGGCCUCGCGGAAGCUGAUCCACCUCCUGCCCGGCUUCACCGCGCUGCACCGCAGCAAGUCCCACGAGUUCCAGCUGGGGCACCGCGUGGAUGAGGCGCACACCCCCAAAGUCAAGAAGAAGAACAAGCCCUUGAACCUCAAGAUCCACAACAGCGUGGGGAGCUGCGAGAACAUCCCCGCGCAGCGCUCCCCGCUCCUCUCCGAGCGCUCCCUCCGCUCCUUCUUUGUGGGGUACCCCCCUUUCCUCCCCUCCACCCCUCCUGUCCACACCGAAGCCACCUUCUCAGCAAAUACGCUGUCAGUGCCUCGCUGGUCCCCGCAGAUCCCCCGUCGAGAUCUAGGAAACUCCAUAAAACACAGGUUUUCCACCAAGUACUGGAUGUCUCAGACCUGCACCGUCUGCGGGAAGGGAAUGUUGUUCGGCUUAAAAUGCAAGAACUGCAAGCUCAAGUGCCACAACAAAUGCACCAAAGAGGCCCCUCCGUGUCACCUGCUGAUCAUCCACCGCGGAGCAAGGUUAGUCCGGACAGAGUCGGUGCCCUGCGAUAUCAACAACCCCUUGCGCAAACCCCCCCGGUUCUCGGACCUGCACGUCAGCCAAACGCUCCCCAAAACCAACAAACUCAACAAGGACCACAUCCCGGUGCCCUACCAGCCAGACUCCAGCAGCAACCCCUCGUCCACCACCUCCUCCACACCCUCCUCACCAGCCCCACCGCUGCCACCCAGUGCGACCCCUCCGUCCCCCCUGCACCCGUCCCCGCAGUGCCCGCGCCAGCAGAAGCAGUUCAACUUGCCAGCUUCCCAUUACUACAAGUACAAGCAGCAGUUCAUCUUCCCAGAUGUGGUGCCUGAGACACCGACCCGAGCACCGCAGGUGAUCCUGCACCCCGUCAACUCCAACCCCAUCCUGGAAGGAAACCCAUUGCUUCAAAUUGAAGUGGAGCCCACCUCGGAGAACGAAGAGGGCCCCGAGGAGACGCAGGAGUCGGAGGAUGACUUCGAAGAGAUGAACCUCUCGCUGCUCUCCGCGCGCAACUUCCCGCGCAAGGCCAGCCAGACCAGCAUCUUCCUGCAGGAGUGGGACAUCCCCUUCGAGCAGCUCGAGAUCGGAGAGCUCAUCGGCAAGGGCCGCUUCGGGCAGGUCUUCCACGGCCGCUGGCACGGGGAGGUGGCCAUCCGCCUCAUCGACAUCGAGCGGGACAACGAGGACCAGCUCAAGGCCUUCAAGAGGGAGGUGAUGGCAUACCGGCAGACCCGGCACGAGAACGUGGUGCUCUUCAUGGGAGCCUGCAUGAGCCCCCCUCACCUCGCCAUCAUCACCAGCCUGUGUAAAGGACGGACUCUCUACUCGGUGGUGAGAGAUGCCAAAAUUGUCCUGGAUGUCAACAAGACAAGGCAGAUAGCACAAGAAAUCGUGAAGGGAAUGGGCUACCUGCAUGCCAAGGGGAUCCUUCACAAGGACCUCAAGUCAAAGAACGUUUUCUAUGACAACGGGAAGGUGGUGAUCACAGACUUCGGCCUCUUCAGCAUCUCGGGAGUUCUCCAAGCGGGCAGGCGGGAGAACAAGCUGCGCAUCCAGAACGGGUGGUUGUGCCACCUUGCCCCCGAGAUCAUCCGCCAGCUCUCUCCCGACACCGAGGAGGACAAGCUGCCCUUCUCCAAGCACUCGGAUGUCUUUGCACUGGGCACGAUCUGGUACGAGCUGCACGCACGGGAAUGGCCCUUCAAGACGCAGCCAGCAGAGGCAAUAAUCUGGCAAGUGGGAAGCGGGAUGAAGCCCAACCUCAGCCAGAUCGGGAUGGGCAAGGAGAUCUCGGACAUCCUCCUCUUCUGCUGGGCCUAUGACCAAGAGGAGAGACCCACGUUCACCAAACUCAUGGACAUGCUGGAGAAACUGCCAAAGCGCAACCGUCGCCUUUCCCACCCCGGGCACUUCUGGAAGUCAGCAGAGCUGUGACAGGAGGAGUUAAGGGACGGUGCCUUCCUCUCCCUGCGGUUCUCUUCUUCCUCUCCACCUCCCACCCUGUGCUACAGAGGAGCAGCGAGCGCCGCAGGCCAGCAGCAGGAUGGGAAUGAGCCUCUUCCCCUGCAGCAUCCAUCCCAUGGAGCCUCUCCGUACAGGAUGGAGGAGCCGAGCCGGUGGCCGAGGCCCGGCUGCGGUGGGAUGGGGACAGCGGAUGGCUCUCUGUGCACAUGAGGUCGGGGCUCGGGCCGGUUCCCUGCCAAGCAGGGACAACCCUCGAGGCAGACGGCUUCGAUUUAACCCCAGGGCUCCUCUGAUCCCAAUCAGCAUGGUCAGUGCUCAUGAUGCUCGGUUGGGGAGGGGUCGCUGCUUGGUUCUCGGUGGGUUCGUUUCGUUUUCUUUAUCAUUAUCAUUAUUUUGAAUGAAAAAGAAAGGGGGAAGUGUUGCUGAUUCAUGAGUUCAGAGCUGGAGCCUGCUGGGGGCCGGGAGUGCUGCUGCUAUUAGCUGCCCCCCGUGGGGAAAUGCAUCUGCAGAGCUAGAGCUGGAGGAGUCCUGCUCCCCAACGCCUCUGCAGCCCCGUCAUGGGCAGUGGUGACCUUUCACAAGUGGCUUCUCUACCUCCCGCCCAUGUCCACUUAUGUUCCCCUCCCUGAGUCUCCCUCUUGGCAGGGUGCACCUCCACGUUCCAGUUAGUUUAGCUGCUUGCCCCAGUGCGUAUCUCAUCACUGAGCCAUUCCCUCUCUUCCUCCCUGGCACCGCUUUGCUCCUGGUUUCCAUCCUCACUCCCAAAGAUGCUGCUGAAGCCCUAGGUUUGGGGAUGCUCUGGGCCAGGGCAGAGUGAGCACAGUUGGAGCUGGGGUCCUUCCCCUCUCCCAUUGCUGUCCCAGGACUCACUGCUGGAGCCAGGGAUGCAGACAGGCUCUGGUGGUACAGAGCAUCUCCCUUCCCACCCCACAGACAUCUCAGCUGAAUGAGCAGCCAUCCUCAGGACCAUUUUCCAUGCAUAUUCAUCUUCCAUCAGCCAAACCCUGGAUGUCCCAGAAGAAAACACUCUUUGGGCAAUGUCUCGGAGCUGGUAUUGCCAUCUGAAUGCUGUGUGCUGGUAUUUCCCUCUCCUCGUGAGCUCAGAUGGGCCCUUGAGUCCAUUAGAUGAGCUGUCAAGCGACAGAUGACAGCAAAUUGCAUUUUCAGGCCCUUAUUUUGCGUAAUUGCUUGACAGGAACCAUCCUGAGUAAUUCAAUUGGAGUCUAAGUUAGCUUUAAUUUGGAGACAUGACGAGGCUGUCCAAACUAACCAGCCCUGGUUUGUUUGCUGCUCCUCUAACUCCCCCUUGCCGGCGUUUGAGCCGCUUUAGCAUAAGUAAAUGAAGAUUAGAAACCUAAUUGCAGCUAGGAAGAGAUGGAGCUUUAAUUGUGAAGGCAUCCACAAAGGUGCUUUUAUGGCUUCAUAUUUGCACAGGUGCAUCUGUGUCAAACCUGAGGUGGGCAGGAGCAGGGGGUGAAUCCGGCCUCCAAGCCUGCUGGAAGAGGGUCUGUCAGAGGGAUGCUGUUGCUUCUGGGAUGUUUGCUGUUGCAUCUCGCUCUUGGAUGUGUUGCAUGGGAUGAGGCAGGAAUCACCUGCUCCUGGCUCUGCUGCUGCUGGGAUGAGCAAGUGAAGGCAGGAUGAGGCCUUGGCUUGAACAUCUGGGUGUUAAUUUGUGCUGAUCACCCCCUGCAGCAGGCAGCAUGGGUGGUUUGUGGUCCUAUGGGUGUGAUGCUGCAGAGCUCAGUGUAGGUGGCUGAGCAUCGUCUCAUCCUAGUGAUGACAAAGGAUGCUCCAUAGCUGCUCACCCUCUGCCUCCUCCACAUCCCACCUCUUCCCCUCUAACACACACAAUCACACCAUCUUCAUCCCACCUCAAUGUCCUCUUCUGCCUGUCCUCCCCACCCCAACCCUCUCCUGCUGUCUCAUCCCCUCUCCAUCCUCUGUGCCUGUGUGCACGUGUGCUGUAAAUCUUGCACUAAGCCUCUCUCAGGCUUCACCAAUGCCUUCACUGAAGUGGUCCUGCGGUCUGUGGCAGGGAGGAUGCCCCAUCACCACAUUUCUCAGCUGCCAGGGGUUGCAGGGAGGUCUCACCAUGAAACCCUUGAUUCCGAACCCCAUCCUUAUGGAGUGAUCACUGUAGAAAGGCAG